AUGGUCCUCGAUUACAGCAAAUGGGACGCUCUCGAGCUGUCCGAUGAUUCGGACAUUGAAGUCCAUCCCAAUGUCGAUAAACGCUCUUUCAUCCGGGCUAAACAGUCUCAGAUCCACCAGCAGCGCAUACAGCGGCGACACGAAAUCGAGACCUUGAAGUACGAGCGUAUCAUUAACAAUGGUCUCCUCUCACGCAUUGAUAAACUUCUUGCAUCCCUGCGGCAGCACGAGGGUUCAAAAAACCCCGAGGAAUUGGUGUUCCAGGCUCUCAUGGAAACUGCAAGUAACCCCGCCGAGGAUCAACCUCCUCCAGCGCCGGAAGGUGUUCACGUGCAGGUGAAAGAACAGCCAAAGUAUUCCCAAAUGAUGAGCUCUCUGGUGGACCAGGUCAAAAAGGAGAUGGGUGAUGUCAGCGCGGAAAGCCUUUCCCAGGCUUACAUCAAAGGUGUACAAGAACACAAGGAUAAGGUGCAAGGACUACAGAAGGAGUUGUUGGAAAGACUUGCUCAGCUUGAGAAAGAAGAAGGCAGCAAAAUCACAAGUGACAUGCUGCAUACUGGAUUUGAUACAUCCCAUGUGGCUAAACCGGAUGCUUCUACGAGCAAAACUGCCCAGAAAGAAUCUGUUGAACUCUUGAACCCCGCAUCAGUGACUCAGGAUUCCUCACAGAAGGCUGGUGAUGAUGAUGACGGGGAAGUAGAUCCGGAGGAUAUCAAGGCCAGUGACCUUGCUAAGCGUUUUGCAAAGAUCAGCCGCAACGAUUAUCGAGCCUUGCAUCAGUUUAUUUCUGAGAACCAUCAAAUUGUCGCGGAAAAAGAGACCGAUGGGUUAUUGGUUGAAGCUUUCAACAGCCAGAUGGUGGGCAAUGAUGAUUAUGCUCGCCAAUGCGUUCAUCAAGGACUACUGCUGCAGUACUGUCGUUCUCUGGGCCGUGAUGGAAUUUCAUUGUUCUUCAAGCGCAUCACGACAAAGGAUCACCAAGCAGCAACACUUUUCCAGAAUGAUGUCACUGAAACCUACCAUAAAAUCAAAACUCGCGCUGCGGAACUCGCUAAGGAUAGCUCUGCCUCUAAUGACCACGCCGGAGUGGAGCAAAUACAACUACAUGCAGUUGAUCCGAACACCAAGAUUACUAUUAAUAUCCCGUCGGCAGAUAGCACCGAAGAGGUCGAGAUCGAAGCUCGUAAGAUAUUCGACUCUUUCUCGAAAGAAUUGCAAGUGGCCUUGGCUUCAGACUCCCUAGAUGAGGUCAACAAAGUCCUUGGAAAUAUGGGCGUGGACGAAGCGGAAGAUGUUGUAGAAAAGCUUGGACAAAGCGGUAUGCUCAGUCUUGAAGAAGGCAUCGUGGACGCAACCACCGAGGAGGGCAAGAAGAAGUUGGAGGAGAUUGAGGCCGAAAGCAAAAAGGAGAAGAAGACUGAAGAAAUAGGAGAGCCUGGUGGUGACAUUACCGAGCUGGACUAA